AAGGUCAUUGGAACUUUUCAGCCUCAUCCCAGGUUUGCACACAACACAGUCUGUCACGCUGUGUCUGCCUCCUUUUCUUUCGUUUCUGUUCUGCAGCAAACUUUGUCGAUGUAAUGUAACGUAAACUUACUAUUAAACUCUCAUCUUCUCUCUCUCUGUCUUCAUAAUUGUGACUUCUGAGUUGUGAGAGUUCUGUCUCACUCUGAAACGACCUUGAUAAUGGCGGUGGCAAGAGCACGCACCGAUUACGACUGCCUUAUCAAGCUCCUUCUCAUCGGUGAUAGCGGAGUAGGAAAAAGUUGCUUACUGUUACGUUUUACGGAUGAUUCUUUCACUACUAGUUUCAUCACCACUAUCGGGAUUGACUUUAAGAUUAGGACAGUCGAGAUUGAUGGGAAACGCAUUAAAAUGCAAAUAUGGGACACUGCUGGUCAAGAACGUUUCCGAACAAUAACGACUGCCUAUUACAGGGGUGCCAUGGGAAUAUUGCUGGUCUACGAUGUAACAGAUGAAUCAUCCUUUAACAAUAUUAGGAACUGGAUCAGGAACAUUGAGCAGCAUGCAUCUGAUAAUGUUAACAAAAUACUGGUCGGAAACAAAGCUGACAUGGAUGAGAGCAAAAGGGUAGUACCAACGUCAAGGGGCAAGGCAUUGGCUGAUGAAUAUGACAUCAGAUUUUUCGAGACUAGUGCCAAGACCAACUUGAACGUGGAACAGGUCUUUUUUUCUAUAGCAAGAGACAUAAAGCAGAGACUUUCAGAGAGUGACUCAAAAGCAGAGCCUCAAUCUAUCAAAAUCAGCAAAGUUGAGCCGGUCCAAGGCUCGUCUGCGUCUACAGCUUUGCCACAGAAAUCAGUAUGCUGCAGAACGUGAAUUCUAUAUCAGCACUUCCUCGAAUAUUAUAUAUCCCCGACAAUGAGCUACGGCAUACAAAGCAAGCUCGUAGUUUUGUGGCGUUGUAACUUCUCCUAAAAUAUUAGGAGGCGAGUUCUCAUCGCUUCAAAUGAUUUGGUGCUACUGAACUGUAGUUUAGAAUUGAGUACAGUAUUUUUUCCCCACGUUUAGCCAGACUGAUUUGACAUAUAUUGGAUGUUGUAUGUACCAUUUGGUUGAGUUGGACUUUCGAGACGCGUAGUGUCAAGUUAAGAUUUCUGUUCGAUUGUAAAGAUUGUGAUUCGUAUGAUUUU